AUCUUGCUCUCCUGUCGAUCUGCUGCCUGUGCCUGCAGCCAUCAAAGCCGUCGGCCCCGCGGAUAUGCAAUACUCCGGGGGGCCGGAAGAAUACCCGGCUGCGGGCUCGCCCCCAGAGCCCAUGGCAGCCCCAGGCCCCGCUUCCAGUUUCCAGACGCUUGCGCUUGAUCUCGCACUCGCACUCGCACUCGCUCAUCCGUCUCAUCAACCAUGGCCCAGCCCACUCAUCCGCAUGUUAUCCUCGGAACGAUGACCUUCGGCACCGGUGUCGGGGGCCGCAUCAACGAUCUCGCAGUGAUCCAGGAGAUCCUGGACCUGUUCCACGCCCACGGGCACACCGAGAUCGAUACUGCUCGAAUGUACUGCCAAGGCAACACUGAGGAGGUUCUGGCUGCCCUGAACAUCCAAACCUCGCACCACGGAUUCAGCCUGGCCACGAAGGUCUAUCCCUUCCAGAGCGGCGACCACGAGCCCGAGAAGCUCAAGGCCACAUUCGCCGCGAGUCUCGCCGCCCUCAAGACGCAAAAGGUCGACAUCUUCUACCUGCACGCCCCCGAUCACCAGACUCCCUUGGAAGAUACUCUCGGCGCUGUGCAGUCGCUCUAUGAGGCUGGCCACUUCAAGGAACUCGGUCUCAGUAACUAUCCGUCCUGGAAGGUGAUGGAAAUUUGGCGCAUCUGCAAGGAGAAGGGUUAUGUCCUUCCCACGCUUUAUCAGGGCAUGUACAAUGCCAUCACCCGCGAGGUUGAGCCCGAGCUGAUUCCUUGCAUCAGGCACCUGGGCAUGCGGUUCUACGCCUACAACCCCCUUUGCGGCGGCCUGCUCACCGGGCACUACAAGUUCGACAUGGACAUCGAGAAGGGCUCGCGCUUCGACGGGACUAACUCGCAGGGAGACAGAUACCGCCAGCGAUACUGGAACCAGGUCAAUUUUGAGGCCGUCGAAAUCAUCAAGGCCGCAUGUGCCAAGCACGGUGUGACGCCUGCCGAGGCCGCCCAUCGCUGGCUCCUUCACCACUCAAUGCUGGACCAGACCAAGGGCGAUGGCAUCAUCAUCGGCAUCUCCUCUGUCGGACACGCCAAGCAGAAUCUGGACGACUGCGAAAAGGGUGCUCUCCCGACCGAGGUCGUCGACGCUUUGGACGAGGCCUGGCACCGAGCCAAGGGAGCGAGUCCCUUGUACCAUCGCUAGAGCAGCGCGCCGGAUAGAUCGCAGUCGACUGGCACAUGCGAUCGAUCACCUAGGUUGAUCGCAAGCGGCAGUUCCUUUAUCCUGAAAUACAAUCGGAUGCAAGUUGCUA